AUGGAUUCGGGCUUAUCACAAGUUGGUUCAAUAAAUCCUUCAACUCAAAAUGCGGUAAGCAAUGAACAACUUUCCCAACUCAUGGAUCUAUCAGCCUCUCUGGCUUAUAUCCUUGGAUCAGGUCAGCAGCUGCGGCAACUAUACGCUGCCUUAAAUUCUCACAAUUUAAAUGAUAGUCCUUCCCAACCAAAUACUCAAGUGCUUGCAAUGCCUCUUUCAAUCACAUGCAUAAAGCCAGAUCCUGCCGUUGGGCUCUCAAAGCAGCAUGAUCCAAUGAAUGGUAGUAAUGAGCAAAAGAAUGCUGAUGGAAGUGGAGUGGCCCCAACCAUUCCUCCAAGUAAAAAUAUCGCCAAAGUAGAAAUUCUGCCACAGUUGUCUAAUUUAGGAAAACAAAUUUAUGGUGAUUCUAUUAAGGGUGCCUCCUCAGAACUUAUCAUGAGUGACAAUCUAAUUCAUUUUCAGCCUGGUCAUAACAAAGUGGUUUAUAACAAUGAAGAGGUAGCUAAGGAAAGGAAGAAUUCUCAAGAUGAUAUUAAAAGUAAAAAAGAGAAUGGUCCACAAAACAUGGACCAAGAUGGUAAAUCUGAUGAUUCCAAACAAACAGAGGAUACGAAAGGGAUUUGUGCAUUUAAAUUUGCACUGGCUGAGUUUGUUAUUGAAAUUCUGGCAGCAGAUACUCAAUGUCACAGUGAAUGUUAUGACACCAUAUCUGACUUUCUAUAA